AUGACCUCGCGACGCGUUCAACAACAACCAACACAAAACACAAGUAGGAAAAAAUCGCGUCGACAGUUUUCGAACCGAUUAGUAUCACCUGGAGUGAAGCUUGCUGCUCACGGAAACCAAUCUAUUGAAGUUCCUCGACCUCCGCCACGAUAUACCUCCUCUCGUCGCCUCAGCAUUUACACGAACCAUCCUCCAGGACCCUCCUCACCCGUCGCAGGUCAACCGUCCAAACAGCUUACACUCCCUCCACCCGACAUUGAAAUUCCCAUCCCAGACACAAGCCCACGACGAAUUCAUGUUCUUUGGCAGCUCGUCAUACCACCUAAGAAGGGCCAACUUCCCAGUAACAUACCUACGAGGGCCUUACCUCAGAGAAGCAGGGCAGAGCGCAGGAAAGCUAGCCAAACAACUGAAGUCGAAACAGCAACCGAUUCCCAAAGUAUUCAGGAUGACGCUCUAACGGCUAUUACUAAGGAUACAACUGUCUCGAAGAUCACCGCGGUAGAGAAAUGGCGGCUAAAUGUACUCGUUCCUCGAGGCAUUCAAAUUGUCAAGAAGCCAGUUCGCCAGCUCGCGCUCGACCAUUUUCAAUAUUUCGGAACCGAUGAAACGCAAUGCCGAGAAUGGACACUCAAACGUGUUGAAUCUGAGAAAGAUGAGGAUACGGUCUUCUUACGUGGAGGGCCCCAUUUUAACAUGAACAUCGCCCGACAAUACACAGAAAUGGUUGCUAUUCAGCUGUGUGAAGAAGAAUUCGCCACGGUUGCCAAAGCAGAGUUGUUGAAAUCACCGCAUUUCCUUCCGAUCGAAGAAAAAGACAAGACAUGGAAAGCGCAAAGGUUGAUUCAGCUCUAUACGCAGACUGAUGCCGAUUCAUUUUGGGCCACACCACCAUUGCUUAGUGGAGAGGAAUAUAGAGGCAAAGAUUUCAAUCUGAGGCCAGACUGCGCUUACUGGCUCUCCAUUCAGUCCUUCUCGGAGUCCCACAGAGAGCUAGUCGACAUGGCCACCUUCACCGUCCGGAAUAGGUACACCGCCCCCUACUUGACCAUCGAAUUCAAGAAAAGCGAAAACACCAUUGAACAGGCGACCAAUCAGGCGAUUGCCGCGUCAUCGUUGGCGCUCUUCAAUCGUUUUCGACUGAAAGAGGAUCGUUUGAGCACUUCCAAGAAGCCGUGGAACCGGAAGCAUUUUGAUCAAAUACGACAUUAUAUGAUGACCUUCACUGGACCCAUGGCUAUGAUUUGGGUUGUAAAGCUCAAAUCCUCGGCUGCAUCUGACGAAAGCUACUCUCAAGUGACCUGGGAUGGUUGCGAGGCGGUUCAGAUUUGGAAGUGCAACUGCACUAAGGCUGGAGCUGUUGGUGAUCUGGUUGACUACAUUAAUGCGAUUCAUCGAUGGGGUCUAAUACAUGGCGCAUACUGCAGACGAGAUGUCAAGGCCGUUCUGUUGGCAGAGGGAGGAGGAGUUGCGAGACGUGUCUCCGAUCUGUAUGUCUCUGGUGAUCCGAUUGAGGACGAUGAGAAUGAGGUUUCGAAGGAGUGA